AUGGAGAUCAACGCAGAAAAUGAGUGGUCAACUGAUGAGCUAGCCGAAGAAAGGGCACCCCUCCUGGUUGUACCAGAAGUAGAAAAAACACUAGUCCAGAAAGCCAUAAGUCAGACAUUUGAAAGUACAGCCCACCUUGCUAAUCUUUUACCCACUGGAUCAGUACUCGCUUUCCAACUCCUGUCACCCAUAUUCACGAACCAAGGGGAGUGCGACCCAGUUGGCAGAUCAUUAACUUCUAUCCUCAUAGCCCUCUGUGGAUUGUCGUGUUUUAUUUUGAGCUUCACAGAUAGCUUUAAGGACGAAAAGGGCAACUUAUGCUACGGUUUUGCCACGCCACAUGGUUUGUGGAUCAUUGAUGGAUCAACAACUAUACCGCCUGCAAUCGCCGCGCAGUACAGGCUCAAAUCCAUUGAUUUUGUGCACGCCUUCAUGUCAAUACUGGUAUUUGCGGCAAUCACAUUGUUCGAUCAAGAUGUGGUUAAGUGUUUCUAUCCGUUGCCAUCAGAUGAGACGAGAGAGAUACUCACUGCCGUACCAGUGGGAAUUGGAGUAAUUUCCAGCAUGUUGUUCGUCGCUUUUCCCACCAAACGCCAUGGAAUUGGCUUCCCCCUCACUGCAAAUUAA